CCCCGCCCCGGUAACUUCCCUAGCGAAUAACAAAUACCAGAAGGUCCCCCGGUCGCGCAGCCCCUCCCCGCGGGCAGCGCACUAUGCUGCUCUGGUGGGCGUCCCUGCUGCUGUGCGCUCUCCGUCUGUCGCUGGCCGCGGCCGGCACCGCUGCGGCACCUGCCCAGGAUAAAGCCGGGCCGCCUCGGGCUGCUGCGGCGGCCGCCCAGCCCAGCCGACAUCAGGGGGAGGAGGCGCAGGAGCCAGCUGACCCUCCCCGCCAUCCGCAGCCGGGGGUGCCGCAGCGCCGGAGCAGCGGGCUCGUACAGAACAUCGACCAGCUCUACUCGGGAGGUGGCAAGGUGGGCUACCUGGUCUACGCGGGCGGCCGGAGAUUCCUCCUGGACCUGGAAAGGGAUGGUUCGCUGGGCGCUGCUGGCUUAGUGCCGGCGGGAGGCGGGCUGAGCGCACCUCGGCGCCACCGGGACCACUGCUUCUACAGGGGCACGGUGGACGGCAGCUCCCGCUCCCUAGCUGUUUUUGACCUCUGCGGUGGUCUGGACGGUUUCUUCGCAGUCAAGCACGCGCGCUACACCCUGAAGCCUCUGCUGCGGGGUCCCUGGGCCGAGGAGGAAGCUGAGCGGGUGUAUGGUGAUGAGUCUUCGCGGAUCCUGCACGUCUAUACCCGAGAAGGUUUCAGCUUCGAGGCCCUGCCACCACGCGCCAGCUGCGAGACUCCUGCUUCGCCGCUGGGGAUCCACAAGCACCCCAGGACGCACCUCAGCCCUGCCGGACGCUCAGCACCGGCCCCGGCCCCGCAGAUCUUGGAUUCUUCUGCUCUCUCGCGAACAGUAGACGGACCUGGACCACAGACGUGGUGGAGGAGACAGCGCCGCUCCAUCUCCCGGUCUCGCCAGGUGGAGCUGCUCCUGGUGGCUGACGCGACCAUGGCACGGAUGUAUGGCCGGGGCCUGCAACACUACUUGUUGACCCUGGCCUCCAUCGCCAACCGUCUGUACAGCCACGCCAGCAUCGAAAACCACAUCCGCCUGGCGGUGGUGAAAGUAGUGGUGUUGGGCGACAAGGACAAGAGUCUGGAGGUGAACAAGAACGCGGCCACCACGCUCAAGAACUUCUGCAAGUGGCAGCACCAGCACAACCAGCUGGGGGAGGAUCACGAGGAGCACUAUGAUGCGGCGAUCUUGUUCACUCGGGAGGAUUUAUGUGGGCAUCAUUCAUGUGACACACUGGGAAUGGCAGACGUUGGGACCAUAUGUUCUCCGGAGCGCAGCUGUGCUGUGAUUGAAGAUGAUGGCCUCCACGCAGCUUUCACCGUGGCUCAUGAAAUUGGACAUCUCCUUGGCCUGUCUCACGAUGAUUCCAAGUUCUGUGAAGAGAACUUUGGCUCCACGGAAGAUAAACGCUUAAUGUCAUCCAUCCUCACCAGUAUCGAUGCCUCCAAGCCCUGGUCCAAGUGUACCUCAGCCACCAUCACAGAAUUCCUGGAUGACGGCCAUGGUAACUGCUUGCUAGACCUGCCACGGAAGCAGAUCCUGGGCCCUGAAGAACUCCCAGGACAGACCUACGAUGCCACACAGCAGUGCAACCUGACGUUCGGGCCUGAGUACACCGUAUGCCCUGGCAUGGACGUGUGUGCCCGCCUGUGGUGUGCAGUGGUGCGCCAGGGCCAGAUGGUGUGCCUCACCAAGAAGCUGCCCGCUGUGGAGGGCACACCCUGUGGGAAGGGCAGGAUAUGCCUGCAGGGCAAAUGUGUGGACAAAACCAAGAAAAAAUAUUACUCAACAUCAAGCCAUGGUAACUGGGGGUCCUGGGGUCCCUGGGGCCAGUGUUCUCGUUCAUGUGGAGGAGGAGUCCAGUUUGCUUACCGCCACUGCAAUAACCCUGCACCCAGAAACAAUGGCCGUUACUGCACAGGGAAGAGGGCCAUCUAUCGCUCCUGCAGUGUCACACCCUGUCCUCCCAAUGGUAAAUCUUUUCGACAAGAGCAAUGUGAGGCCAAAAAUGGCUAUCAGUCUGAUGCAAAAGGAGUCAAAACAUUUGUGGAAUGGGUUCCCAAAUAUGCAGGUGUUCUCCCAACAGAUGUGUGCAAACUGACCUGCAGAGCCAAGGGUACCGGCUACUAUGUGGUCUUCUCUCCAAAGGUGACGGAUGGAACUGAAUGUAGACCCUACAGUAAUUCUGUGUGUGUGAGGGGGAGAUGCGUGCGAACCGGCUGUGACGGCAUUAUCGGAUCAAAGCUUCAGUAUGACAAGUGUGGAGUAUGUGGAGGAGACAACUCCAGUUGCACAAAGGUUAUCGGAACCUUCAAUAAAAAAAGUAAGGGUUAUACUGAUGUUGUGAGGAUUCCAGAAGGGGCUACUCAUAUCAAAGUUCGACAGUUCAAAGCCAAAGACCAGACUAGAUUCACUGCCUACUUAGCCUUGAAGAAGAAAAACGGUGAGUACCUUAUCAAUGGAAAGUACAUGAUCUCCACUUCAGAGACCAUCAUUGACAUCAAUGGAACAGUCAUGAACUACAGUGGUUGGAGCCACCGAGAUGACUUUCUACAUGGUAUGGGAUAUUCAGCCACCAAGGAAAUUCUAAUAGUACAGAUCCUUGCAACAGAUCCAACUAAACCAUUAGAUGUCCGUUACAGCUUUUUUGUUCCCAAGAAGUCCACUCAAAAACUCAACUCUGUCACUAACCAUGGCAGCAAUAAAGUGGGAUCACACACUUCACAGCUUCAGUGGGUGACAGGCCCAUGGCUUGCCUGUUCUAGGACCUGUGACACAGGCUGGCACACCAGGACAGUGCAAUGCCAGGACGGAAACCGGAAGUUAGCAAAGGGAUGCCUUCUGUCUCAGAGGCCUUCUGCUUUUAAGCAAUGUUUGCUAAAGAAAUGUUAGCCUGUGGUUGUGUUCUUAUG